UAUAUGUGUGUGCAUAUAUAUCCUUAGUUUAUUCCUCGAAUAGAUUGUUGACUCUUGGCUCAACCUUACUCUCUUUCUAUUUCUACCUUUCUCUUUCCUCUUAUUCGUCCCUCUCCGUCUACAUUUCUCUUUUGGUCUUGGUAAGAUCUACAAAAAAACAAAACCCUAGAAAAGAGAAGAACCAGAGGAGAAUCAAUUAGAGAAUAAAAUUGAUGGGAAGAGGAAAGAUUGUGAUCCAAAGGAUCGAUGAUUCUACGAGUAGACAAGUCACUUUCUCCAAACGAAGAAAGGGUCUUAUCAAGAAAGCCAAAGAGCUAGCUAUUCUCUGCGACGCGGAGGUCGGUCUCAUCAUCUUCUCUAGUACCGGAAAGCUCUAUGACUUUUCCAGCUCCAGCAUGAAGUCAGUUAUUGAUAGAUACAACAAGAGCAAGAUUGAACAACAACAACUAUUAAACCCCGCAUCAGAAGUAAAGUUUUGGCAGAGAGAAGCUGCAGUUCUAAGGCAAGAAUUGCAUGCUUUGCAAGAAACCCAUCGACAAAUUAUGGGGGAACAACUAAAUGGUUUGAGCGUCAACGAGCUAAACAAUCUUGAGAAUCAACUUGAGAUAAGUUUGCGUGGAGUUCGUAUGAAAAAGGAACAAAUGCUGACUCAUGAAAUCCAAGAACUAAGCCAAAAGAGGAACCUCAUACAUCUGGAAAACGUUGAACUAUCAAGAAAAGUACAAAGGAUUCAUCAAGAAAAUGUGGAGCUCUACAAGAAGGCUUAUACAACAAACGGGUUUGCACACCGUGAACUAGUUGUCGCGGAUGAUGAAUCACACACUCAGAUUCGGCUGCAGCUAAGCCAACCGGAUCAUUCCGAUUAUGAGACCCCACCAAGAGGAAGCGAAUAACAGCAUGUGAUUGAAGUUCGAAGUUCGAAGAUACCAUGAUGUUGAAGAACAAACCAAAGUUUUGGUUUGAAUAAUUGGAAACAAAGAAGAAACCUCAAGAAACCAAGCAUGUUCCUUCUCAUCAAUUAUAUAUAUUUUUGUCUCAUUCUCAUGUGCAUUUGAAUUAUAUAACUGAAGCAUAUAUAAUACAGAAGAAAUACAAGUAAA